CAUGAUGAUGAUGAUGAUGAUGAUGAUGCUGUAGCUUAGCUGAACUGGGAGGAGGAGAGGAAACUAGCGGCACCAAACUUUCUGCGCUUUAAGGCUUUUUGGAGAAUAUGGACGAUGAGGGUCAAACCAAGCUCGAACUUUUCGUGAAGGCAGGGAGUGACGGUCAGAGCAUCGGCAACUGUCCGUUCUCUCAGCGCCUCUUCAUGGUUCUGUGGCUGAAAGGAGUCGUCUUUGACGUUACGACGGUGGACAUGAAGAGGAAACCAGAUAUCCUGAAGGACCUGGCACCGGGAGCUCAGCCUCCUUUCCUUCUGUGGGGCAGCGAGGUGAAAACUGACACCAACAAGAUCGAGGAGUUCCUGGAGGAGAACCUCUGCCCUCCCAAGUAUCCUCGUCUGGCUGCUCGUAAUCCAGAGUCCAACACGGCCGGUUUGGACGUCUUCUCCAAGUUCUCUGCUUACAUCAAGAACUCCAACCCUCAGGCCAAUGAUAAUCUAGAGAAAGGCCUGCUGAAGGCCCUGAGGUUGCUGGACGAAUACCUCGGCACACCGCUUCCUGAUGAGAUUGACGCAAACAGCGCCGAUGAGGUCACUUCCUCGUCGCGCCCCUUCCUGGACGGCCGAGAGCUCACCCUGGCCGACUGCAACUUGCUGCCCAAGCUGCACAUCGUGAAGGUGGUGUGUUUGAAAUACAGAAACUUCACCAUCCCCGAGUCCCUGACCAACCUCUGGAGGUACCUGAACGCAGCGUACGCCAAGGAGGAGUUUUCUGCCACCUGCCCGGUGGAUGACGAGAUCCACAUCGCCUACUCCUCCGUAGCCAAGGCUUUAAAGUAGGAGGAGGCUGGAGAAACAUAAUCCAAGAAAAACAAUUAAAACACACCUUUUAAAGCAAACAUUAACUCUGCAAACAAUCCCUUUUUUAAACGUGACUAAAAAUUAUUCUAAGCGUUUCUUUUCAUCUUCGUACAGAUUUUAGAAAGCUCAGAGCGGCGGCAGCGUUCAGAACGCACCCACAGGUGCAGCUUUGUUUUCUCACUUCAAACAGGAUUUGUUGAAACCAGGAAGUGUGUCGGGUCGAUGAGCCGACACAGAAACUCCUCUGGUGACUCAUUAAAACGGCUGCUUUACGUUUUUAAACCUCUCUGUUCUGUUUUAACCUGCACAAACCUUCACAGGCUCAAACUUUAAUUCUCAUUUUUCAGCCUCAUUCGCCUCCAUUUUAUUUUUAUUUUAUUCGUCAUUAAGAACAUUUGCAUACCAGCCGUUUUUUUUUUUUUAAUUAAUUUUUUUGUCACGGUUGUUUCACAAAACAUCACUGAGGGGAAAAAAGCCCCUUUCAUUUCAUCGGAGCACUUUUUUUUUUCUCUUUCUUCGUGGUGCGAAAGGGGCGCGAAAUAGACGGAGGCAGAUCUGAAAACAGUUAAACAGGAAACUGUUUAAAUAGAGCCGGGCUUCCCCUUUCUGCCGCAGCAGACGUGAAGGAUUAUUUAAGCUCACUGAGCUGCUUUGUUGAUCCGCUAUGAAGGCUUCAGUCUGUUUAGCUUUGCUAGGAAGCUGCGAUUGUUUUUAGAAGGAAAAGAAAAAAAACAGCAGGAAGUUUAAUGAAGGCAUUUUUAUACUGGAAAUAUUUUUAUAUUUGCUUUAUGUUAGCGUUUUAUAUUACGAGUAAAUGUUUUGUGGCCUGUUUCUUAGUGCUCUCUAACUGCGCUGACCUAACUGAAAACAUUUCCAAUGCGUCAGAUUUMAGCUAUUUUUAAUACAUUUUUAUUUAAAAGCAGGAAGGUUCAAAUUAACGGUUCGUUUUUAGAUCAAGUUUGGCUCACCAGCUGAAAUAUCAGCAGAUGUUUCAAUAUGUUUAACACGUUAAAUUUAAAUCAGACGUCCAUCAAGCUUCUGACCUUCCUUUAAGUAACC